AUGGUUCUGCUAUCACUACUGUCAGAAGUCCCUGCUCUUCGGUUCUUCGUCGUUGUAGUUCUUACAACAUGCGCCUACAUUGUCCACAGACAGUCUGCCUCAAAGCCAGUCAAGAACUUCCCUCAUAAAACUGCCGUCCACGAAGUUCCUGCUGAAAGUCCGGUCUUCGAGGCACAAGAAGCAUCACACCCAUCUAAGCCACCAGAUACUCCUGUCUCGGCCAACUACUUCCCAUCUCGGGAAUUCAAUUACAAAUGUGGCUUCUGUUUCCACACUGAGACCAGCUCAUACAUUCUAACGCACGACAAGGCUCGUAGAGGCCUGAAACUUCUGAAAGAAGCCGGUAUGCGCAAGCUCAACAUCGCCAGCGGAGAACCAUUCCUCCACCCCAAAUUUCUCUCUAGUCGAUUCGCUACUGCAAAGAGGAUUUGGUUCAAGCUCAACACUGUAGUCAAUAUCUGCAAUUGGGACGAAGAUAUGGUCGCCAACAUCGAGAAGCUAGCGCCAUUCCGAUGGAAGGCUUUCCAGUGCCUCAUUAUUGCAGGUGAGAAUGAUAACGAAACCCGGAAGCGUGACGCAAGGAAGUUUCUGGUUACUGGGGAACAAUGGAAAACCUUCUGUGAUCGACACAAGCACCUUCCGUGCUACGUACCUGAGGACAAUGACUCCAUGGCUACUAGCUACCUCUUGCUUGACGAGUAUAUGCGCUUCAUGGAUAAGGGCGAAGGCAUGAUGACGACUAGUGGUCCUUUCUUGGAUGUUGGCGUUCCGAAGGCAAUGGAGCAGAUUGUCUGGGAGAAGAAGUCGUUCGUCGAACGCGGGGUUAUCUAUGAUUGGGGCAGGGCAGAUAUGAAGCCGGCUAAGUAA